CAAAAUUCAGAGCAAGAGAGAGGUAGACAGGGCCUGUGAAAAGCAGUGGUUAGUUUAGGGAAAAUAGCUAGGAGCCCUGUGAUUUGGAGCGUGAAAACUCUUUAUUACUGUUGUUACUUUAACUGUUUCCAGGAUGGCCUGCCUUCUUUGUGCAUUUCAGAGAAUUUCUGCAGGGGUUUUCUUCUUAGCACUUUGGGGCAUGGUUGUAGGUGACAAGCUGCUGGUGAUCCCUCAGGAUGGAAGCCACUGGCUUAGUAUGAAGGAUAUAGUUGAGGUUCUGGGUGCCCGGGGGCAUGACGUUGUAGUGGUGGUGCCUGAAGUCAAUUUGCUUUUGAAAGAAUCCAAAUACUACACAAGAAAAAUCUAUCCAGUGCCGCAUGACCCAGAAGAGAUGAAGAACCGUUACCAAUUGUUUGGAAACAGUCACUUUGUUGAGCCAUCAUUCCUGACUGCUCCUCAGACAGAGUACAGGAAUAACAUGAUCGUUGUUGGCAUGUACUUCAUCAACUGCCAGAGCCUCCUGCAGGACGUGGACACCCUGAACUUUCUCAAGGAGAGCAAGUUCGAUGCUCUUUUCACAGACCCAGCCUUACCCUGUGGGGUGAUCCUGGCUGAGUAUUUGGGCCUACCCUCCGUGUACCUCUUCAGGGGUUUUCCAUGUUCCCUGGAGCAUACAUUCAGCAGAAGCCCAAACCCUGUGUCCUAUAUUCCCAGGUGCUACACAAAGUUUUCAGACCACAUGACUUUUUCCCAACGAGUGGCCAACUUCCUCGUUAAUUUGUUGGAGCCCUAUGUAUUUUAUUGUCUGUUUUCAAAGUACGAUGAUCUCGCAUCAACGGUCCUCAAGAGAGAUGUGGAUGUAAUCACCUUAUAUCAGAAGGUCUCUAUUUGGCUGUUAAGAUAUGACUUUGUACUUGAGUAUCCUAGGCCAGUCAUGCCCAACAUGGUCUUCAUUGGAGGUACCAACUGUAAGAAGAGGAAAGACCUGUCUGAG